AUGUCCAGCCCUAAAUCCCCUAAGAGCGACCAGUGUGUCACGCUAGUAUCGAUGUCACCUAAAUCCCCACAAGAAGCGUUGCCUACGAUCGAUGCGGGGCAACACCCAACGAAUACGCAGAUCCCAUAUAACGAAGACGAUGCCGACGACCACGAUUCUACAUACGACGACGAUGGAAGUAUUGCAUCGUCCACGGUCUCCCUCUCGGAAAGCAUCUUCAACUACCGGAGCCUCCAUGGCCGAACGUUUCAGAACUCGAACACGACGGAAUAUUGGGGUCCAAAUGACGACAGACAGAACAAUGGCCUGGAUAUAGCACACCAUUUCAUGGUUAUGCUCAAGGACGACAAGUUAUUCGAUGCGCCUGUUACUCGACCUUCGAGGGUCUUGGACGUAGGUACUGGUACAGGUAUAUGGGCCAUCGAUAUGGCGGAGGAGUAUCCCUCAGCCGAAAUCACUGGCACCGACAUCAGCCCAAUCCAGCCAGCUUGGGUGCCUCCAAACUGCCAGUUCCACAUAGAAGACGCGCAGCUGGAGUGGACAUAUCGCCCCGAUAGCUUCGACUUUGUACAUAUACGUGCUCUCUACGGUAGCAUCAGUGAUUGGGGCGAGCUGUAUCGCCAGGCGUUCCGGUCAUUGCAACCGGGCGGGUGGAUUGAGAAUAUGGAGAUCAAUAUCCACUUGUAUAGCGACAUUCCCGAGGUUAGAGAUGAUCCCGACCAUAUCUUCAAGCGCUGGGCAAAGGUAUUCUGGAAGGCAACAGACAUGAUCAACAGGACACUUCGCAUAGCCAUGAACGGCACCCAGCGCAAACUCAUGGCUGAGGCUGGCUUUGUCAACGUUGUAGAAAAGACGUACCAAGUGCCAUGUGGUGCCUGGAGUAGCGACCGAAGGCUGAAGACGAUUGGCGCAUACAACCUAGCAUUUAUGGAUGAGAGUUUAGAAGGCUUUGCCUUGUUCAUGCUACGCGAGAUAAUGAAAUGGGAAUACGAGGAGGUCCAACUGUUCGUCAUGGAGAUGCGCAAGGCUGUCCGAGACACCAAGAUCCGGCCAUACUAUCUCAUGACUAACGUUUUCGGACAGAAGCCCGAGGAAUACGAAUAG